AUGUCGAAAACAUCAUUGUCGAGUUUGUUAUUCGGAUUGCUGUUAAUUAUCGCAGUGAGCAAUGUUUCAGCGAAAAUAAAGCAAAGAAUAAUCGGGGGCUCAAGAGCAAAUUAUGGUGACUUAAAGUAUCAAGUGUCUCUUCAAUUCCUCACAACAUCGGGUUGCACCCACCACUUUUGUGGUGGCAGCAUACUCGACGAGUAUCAUAUCAUCACUGCCGCCCACUGCAUCACCGAAAAGAAUACCCAUCGACUUAACAAUAUUCCAAUUACCGUCGUGGCCGGUACGUCCCAACUGCACAAAAAACAAUCACAUCCCGCCUUGUAUCACGCUGUCGAUGAGGUCUUCAUACCUACCGCUUGGCUCCAGUACCCGCAGAAAAAUUUAGAAAACGAUAUAGCAGUUUUAAAGUUGAAGGAUCCGUUGCCUCUCAGGUCUAAUCCGAAAAUAAGCGCAAUCAAGUUACCACAGCCAAAUGAUUAUCUGCCACCUAAUUCAGUACCCGUCAAGAUUAGCGGUUUUGGCUCUGACUACCAAACACCGGUAAACGGUGAAUAUAAAUCAUCUCCUACCAGUCCAAUUUUACAAUGGGUUUGGGGUUGGAUCAACCAGAUUGAUGAAAAUUUCGUCUGCCAAAGCACACAAGUCUGCGUUCAAAAUGGGAAUGGCAAAAAUUUGGGAGGAUCAUGCUACGGUGACAGUGGCGGCCCGCUCGUUGAUCCCAAAACAAACAUCUUAGUUGGCGUCGUCAGUGUGUUCAAUGGUGUAAAGAUUAAUGUUACGUACUAA